AUGACCACGAACCUCAACAUCCUCAUAGUCGGCGCGGGUCUCAGCGGCCUCGCAACCGCAAUAUCAGCCGCGCAAUCCGGGCACAAAAUCCAAGUCCUAGAACAAGCAAAAGCCCUAACAGAAAUCGGCGCUGGCCUCCAAAUAACCCCCCAACGCCUCCCUCCUCCUCUCCCACUGGAACCUCCCCCAAACCCUCUGGACAGCCGCCGCACAGUCCUCGCCUGCGAUGCAAAUUUCUCCCAAAACAUCCGCUCAAAGUACCAAUUCCCCUUCGUAGACCUGCACCGCGGCGAUCUCCAGAAAGCUUUAUAUACGCGCGCGCAGGAGUUAGGCGUGGUAUUCCAUUUCGGUCAGAGGGUUGAGCGCAUUGAUUUUGAGAAUACUGUGGUGCAUACCUCUGGCGGGGAGUAUACGGGUAAUUUGAUUGUUGCGGCGGAUGGGCUUUGGUCACGGUGUCGGGAGGAGUUUGUGGGGAGGAAGGAUGAGCCGAUUGCGACUGGGGAUUUGGCGUAUAGGAUUGUGCUUGAUGUGGGGGAUAUUGAGGAUGCGGGGUUGAGGGAGAUGGUGCAGAGGCCUGAGGUGAGGUUUUGGAUUGGGGAUGGGGCUCAUGUUGUUGCUUAUUCUUUGCGUGGGGGGAGGAUGUUUAAUGUUGUUUUGCUGGUGCCGGAUACUUUGCCUGAGGGGGUUGCGAGGGAGGCGGGGAAUGUUGAGGAGAUGAGGAGGUUGUUUGUUGGUUGGGAUCCGAUUUUAAAUCGGUUCUUGGAGUGUGUGACGACGGUUGAUAAGUGGAAGCUGAUGCAUCAUGGUGAGAUGGAACAUUGGGUCAAUGAGGCCUCUAAUCUGGUGUUCAUUGGUGAUGCUUGUCAUCCUAUGCUUCCGUAUCUGGCUCAGGGGGCCAACUCGUCGCUUGAGGACGGCGCUGUCUUGGGGAUGUUGUUGGGACAUAUGACGGACAAGGCACAGCUUCCUCGGAUUCUGCGUCUGUAUGAGAGCAUGAGAAAGUCCAGAGGGGAGGCAAUUGUGCGAGAAACAUUCAAGCAGAGACACGAUUUCCAUAUGCCAGAUGGGGAAGAGCAAAGAAAGCGCGAUCACAUCUUCCUCUCUCAGCUGGGGAAGGAGAUCAAGGGCGCUUUUCCGAGUCGAUGGACGUGUCCGGAGGUGCAGCCGUGGCUGUAUGGGUACAAUGCCAUCAAGGAAGUUGAGGAAGCUGUGGCUCAAAACCCAGACGUAUUCGGGACGAAAUAA